UUGAAGUCUAUCCUUACGCACAAAUUUUGUGCCACAUUUGCCUGCUUGCAAUGGACAGACAAGUGAUAUAUGCUGACUUAAACUUAUCCAAGGGUUCUUACCUGGAAAGGCCAUCAGCCCCAUCUCUCCCUCGGGACAUCUGUCAAGGGCCACCUUGGCAUCAAUGUGCUCUGAAACUUGGUUGUGCUGGGAUGAUUCUUCUUUCCUUGAUUGUGAUUGGGUUGAGUAUUUCAGUGAUACUCUUAAGACAAAACUUAUCAGUAGAAGAAAGCAGUGCAGAAGUUCAAGAGAACAGGAAUGAAACAACAGGGAAACCAGAUCUGUUAGAGUGCCCAAAACAAUGGCAACUAUUACAAGAAAAGUGCUUGUUUUUUUCUCACACUUCCAACACUUGGAACUACAGUCUGGGUGACUGUUCCAAAAAAGAAUCCAGUUUGCUGCUUAUUCAAGAUCCAGAAGAAUUGACACAUGUACAAAAACUGAUACAUAAUGAAUUUCUAUUUUGGAUUGGAUUAAAUUUAUCAUUGUCUGAGAAUAAAUGGAAGUGGAUAAAUGGCUCAUUUUUAAAUACAACUGCAUGCCUGCAAUUUUAACUAUAUAUACAGUUAAACUGGUCUAAUGCAUAUCUAGAAGCACAAAGUGAACCAAUACCGAUUAUUCUAAAACUACUGUGACUCUUACAGAAGUUCAUGUCUAACCUACUCGUUAUACGAAUGAGAAAACAAAUGCAUAUGGAAAUCAAGUAUCCUUUUAAGACACAGUGACAUCCCAUGGAAAGAAGCCCAGACCAGCUGCGAAGCAUGGUUUCCCAUCCUGAUUUAUACAUGUGAUGUUCAUUGGUCUCCUCUAUGCUUUAGCUCACCUCUAGACAAGUUAUAGUAAAAGAUUUAUAAAGUCCUGUGAAUAUGUCAUAGCCUAUGAUUUUUCAUAUUAUCACACAGCUGAAUUAUGAUAGAACAUUGUCUUAAGCCCAUUCACUUGACUGUGGUAUCAGGAUCUCAUGACUAAAGGAUCAUGGAAAGGGCCCUAAACUCUCCCUGACAUUCCAAUUUUCUCCCUAUUUUAAUUUCCUCAUUACUUCUUUAUUUUUCUUCUAUGUUCCCUUCUCUCAAUGACUCACACACAAAUUAUA